AUGGGGAUAUGGUUGAACCAAUCAUCCACAGAUGGCUUCAUUCUCUUGGGCAUCUUUUCUCAUAGCCAGGCUGAUUUUGCCCUAUUCUCUGUGGUUAUGAUGGUCUUCACAGUAGCCCUCUGUGGGAAUGUCCUCCUCAUCUGCCUCAUCUACAUGGAUCCUCGACUUCAUACACCCAUGUACUUCUUCCUCAGCCAGCUCUCCCUCAUGGACCUCCUGUUGGUCUGUGACAUUGUGCCCAAGAUGGCGGCCAACUUCCUGUCUGGCAGGAAGUUCAUCUCCUUUGUGGGUUGUGCCAUACAAAUUGGAUUUUUUGUCUCUCUCGUGGGAUCUGAAGGGCUCUUGCUGGGACUCAUGGCUUAUGACCGCUAUGUGGCCAUUAGCCAUCCACUUCACUAUCCCAUCCUCAUGAGCCAGAGGGUCUGUCUUCAGAUUGCUGUGAGUUCAUGGACUUUUGGGAUAAUAGAUGGAAUGAUACAAAUGGUGGGAGCCAUAAGCUUACCCUACUGUGGCUCAAGGAAUGUGGAUCAUUUCUUCUGUGAGGUUCCAGCUUUAUUGAAACUGGCCUGUGUAGACACAUCCAUUUUUGAUUCCCUGCUUUUUGCUUGCUGUGUCUUCAUGCUGCUCCUGCCUUUCUCCAUCAUUGUGGCUUCCUAUGCUCGAAUUUUGGGGGCUGUUCUCCAUAUGCACUCUGCUCAUGCUCGUAAAAAGGCUCUGGCUACCUGUUCUUCCCACCUUACUGCUGUGUCCCUCUUCUAUGGGGCAGCCAUGUUCAUCUACCUUAGGCCUAGGCGCUACCGGGCCCCAAGCCAUGACAAGGUGGUCUCUCUCUUCUACACAGUCCUUACCCCUAUGCUCAACCCUCUCAUUUAUAGCUUGAGAAAUCGGGAAGUGAUGGGCGCCUUGAAGAAGGGGCUGAAUCACUGCAGGGUUGGCAACUGGCACUGA